AUGGGUCCCAACUUCACAGAAUGUGGCAUACGCUACAUGUCAACGCCCGCACUGAUCGAACAGUACAACUACAGCGGCCGUGUACGCUUGGUAGAAGCAAACCAGAGCGUACAGAUCACUUACGAAGGAUGUUUAGAACUAUGCGGCAAGGGAAAUGAGUACUAUACAUGGCCGGUCAUCUCCGCAACCUUAACAACAUGGAUACUGCCGAUUCUAGGCACGUUGCUGCAGGCGCCAUUUGAAAGCAACGCUUUCUGGAGAACACUAAAGGCAUGCAAUAGGUGGAUUGGUAGUCCGAUCAGCAGUCUUGCGGCGAUAUUGUGGGAUAUUGGCAUUAGUGGAAAGUGUGCGCUUUUUGUGGACAUGUCAGUGCCAUAUGACGAUACACCCGACCAGUACAGCGAGUUUGCGAGCAUGCGAGACUCGUUCUACAUCUUGAUGAACUUGAAUCAGUACAAGAUGAAGCCAGUCAUCUCAAUGACCCGGGAAGCAGAAGGUCUAUUGCGCAUUGCGUUGUUCAGUAGUGAAUUGAGACUUGUGGGAACGCACAAGACAUUGAGCCAGAAGCGUCUGAAGCUAGCUCACGACCUGCGUAGUAACAGACGUAAAGGCGUUGUUCCAAUCUUCCUAUCUACAUUGUGGUUCAUUCUUGCGUUGGGCAUAUCGAUCGAAGCAGGCAGGUACCCCCCACAGCUUGCAAAGUCCUCUGUUAACCUCUUCCCAGCUUUUGGGGACCUGGGGAGCAACCUUCAGGCCCACAAUCUCGCGAUGGGUCUCUUCAUUUCCUGGCUCCCAAUCCUCAUUCUCUGCUCCAUCCUCGACCGCAACCCAGUCGCAUCAGACGACAUCCAGCGCAAGCUGAACAAGCUAGUUGAUUUGGUGUGCAACUCGCUCCUCGACCAGAGUAUACAGGCCGAGUACAUUGCGUCAUUUGCCGACUCACCGCACGCGCAGCAAAUGGCAUAUUGGGUCGAGAAGAUUGCCACCAAAGCCGAAUAUGUCAAGGGUGAAUACUUCCGUGGGUUCGCAGGCCAGGCACGCACGAGGUUUCACUAUGGCGCGGCGUAUGCGAUCCUGAUCGAUAUCGAAAAAGCGUACAUCGCUGAACGGGGAAGGGAUUGGCUAGGCGAUGCGAAAGAUGCAAGAGCUGCCUUGGUGUUGGGUCAGAUUGAUCAAGGUUGCACAUGGUUUGAUGGCAGGCAACUGUGGACAGUACUUGCUUCCAUACUGCUCGUUGGCGGCACCAGUGUUGGCGGAUUCGUCCUGUCGUUCAACACGCCAACUGUCGGUCUUGGAUGUCGCACAGGUGGCUAUCUGAUUUUCUUCAUUAUUGCGCUUGUACUACUGUUCGCUGAAAUAGUAGCCUGGUGGCUCACUUCGCCAUUGCGGAAGCAGGAUAAUUUUCAUGCUCAUCUCGAAGAUUACACUCGACGUGCCAAGUCACGCAGACAGACGGUUUUUGCAAACCUUCCCGGUCUGAAUCCAUCUGGAACGGUAGUGGCAUCGAUUCUUCACACUGUUGAGGUUGUAGUGCUUCAAAUCGUCUUACUACCGCUCCGAUUGAUACCAUCGAAGCACAAGAGUCAACGGUUAGCAUCGGCAGAGACCGCUAUCUAUGCUCACUUCUUCCAAUUGCGUUGUCUCACAGCGCGCAACUGGCUCCAGCGUGCUUUCUUCACCCCGUUGGAGUUCGCAAACCUAGUCUGGGCAUGUUACCUUUUGGGUGCGCAGACGAUCGGUGCCUUUAACAACUGCGCCUGUAUGACCUCGACUUGGGGUGGGUUUGGAGGAUAUUUGGACUUUACCCAACUCAACGUCGCAAAUAGUGGAGCUAUUGAAGAGUACUGGAUUAUCGGCACGACACUUACCUGCGCAGUGAUGGGUAUGGGUAUGAGCUACAUUAUUCUUGAGUGGCUGUUGCAAGCGCAUCUAAGUACAGAGAAUUACGAUGAUGCCAUGGUUGGACUGAAGCGUGUCAGAAGAUUUCGAUUUGCGACUCUGUGGUUCAACUUUCCACUCGAUAUCUUUGUCCGCCUCGUGACGACUAUUCUGAACGCGACUCAGAUUCGCGGAAUCAAAGAUCGCCGGGUUAUGCUGUGGACAAGAGCCACUACCUUCAGUCCGAGUAUUGGGCACACAUUGGUGCGACUUGCGACAGAUGCUCAGCAUUUGCCCUUUCAGGAGGUUGAUGCAUGAUGGUACUGGCCGUAACGAUGACAUUCAAAAAAUCGCGGACUACUAAUUACGGGUCACGACGGUUCUGUAGCAGUAUGGUCUGCGUUACGCUACUCGUCGCGAGUUGCGUGGUAUUGAAACAAUUUUCCAUCAUCCUAGUGGAAUUUCUGCAGGCUUGCAGUGAAUGUGCCACCAAUUUUCGCCGUGGCUAUACCUAAGUUCCCGUGCGCGGACAGGAGGAAGGCUACCCC